AUGAAUAAGAGAUACUUACAGAAAGCAAUAAAAGGAAAACUGCUAAUAAUAAUAUUUGUUGUAACGCUGUGGGGGAAAUUAGCAUCUGGGGCAAAUCAUCAUAAAGCUCACCAUGUUAAAACUGGGACCUGUGAAGUGGUGGCGCUCCACAGAUGUUGCAAUAAGAACAAGAUAGAAGAAAGAUCACAGACGGUGAAGUGCUCCUGCUUCCCUGGGCAGGUAGCAGGUACCACCCGGGCAGCUCCUUCUUGUGUUGAUGCUUCAAUAGUGGAGCAGAAAUGGUGGUGCCACAUGCAACCAUGUCUUGAAGGGGAGGAAUGUAAAGUCCUUCCAGAUCGUAAGGGAUGGAGCUGUUCCUCUGGGAAUAAAGUGAAAACAACUAGGGCAAACGUGUAAAACUCCUCAAGUCCGAAUGGAGAAGUAGAGAAAGGAGGUUUCUGCUGUGCCUGAUGACAAUUUUUGAUUUUUCCACACACACAAAAUAUUCUGGCUCCACGUUGGAGCACUAGUUGUGAUGAAUCCUAAUCUUGGUCGGAUUCUAAGGAAGGGCCAGAACGUUCGCUGAGGAAUAAAGAGUCAAACCACUCCAGAAAAUGUGUUCCAGCCCUGGUUUAUUGCUCACAGAGCAGCAGGUAACCCGAUAGCUAAAGACAAAUCAAGUCAGUCUCAAGGCUGAUAACAUUAAAUACAACACAUAGGAAUUUCAUUCUUCCAGGCAAUCCUUGAAGUGAAAUUUUAUAUUGCUGGGGUGUAUCCUUCAGAAUCAAUUGUUUCAAUGAGAACCUGGCUUGUAAUCAGCAACAGCCUUGAGAUCAAAACUACUGGAAAGUUAUUUUGAACUUCUGUGUCACAAAGAUUUCAACUGAUUGAACUGUGUACACUUGUAAAAUUGCACUUGCUGAGGAAUUUGCAGCUGUAAUCACAAGAGCUGAUAUUCAAAAGGUGCAGAAAAGCAGCAGUCUUUCGGAUUCUCCAUUCCAGACCAGUGGCUUUUCAUUUUGAUGAAGUCAACCUCCAGAAUAUAUUGAUUCCUCCUCUCUAAAAUGAUCCCUGGUCCACCAUUCAGAUUGCUGGUGGGACUGCACACUGCUUUAAUUAAAUUUCUGUUGCAGAAAUUGUCGUCUGGCAUGGCGCAUUUUUAGACAUUUUUAUUUGUAUUCUAAUCUUGGAGCUCUCAAAGGUACAUUUUUCAACAUCUUGAAGUUGCUUUUGUUAUAGGAAUGGAAAUAUAUAUCCAUUGUUAAUAAUUAUUGUUGACAAAUAAUAGUUAUCUGAAUACAUGAGUCAUAUUAGAAUGUAUAGUCAGGUUGACAUGUUUCCCUAAGGCUAACUAACUACUGCAGCUCUUUGGCAGUUAAAAAAGUAGUGGUCAAAACUCAAUUACCACUUCCAUUAUAAGGCAUUUUAUACCUUUAAGAUACCCAUUUCCAUUUAGUUUGAAGGAGAUGGGUGUUACUGAUAUGUACUUUACUUUCCCAACCUUUAAUUCAUUGAAAUUAAUGGUAAGCAGUGAAUGAUGGUAUUUCAUCCCUUUUUAAAAAGGUAGGCAGGGAUGUAAAUGAGUUUUGCAAUUAUGAAAUUGGACGGUAAUCAUUCAGAAUAUUUGUCUUUUUAUUAAAAAAUAAAAUCUCUUGCUUGAACCUA